UCAACAGUGACCAAGAACAGCUUGUGUUGGUGACAUCAUGCUGACAGUGGCGGUGGCUUUAACAGUUCUACUUUGUUUACACCAGAGCUUCACUUCAGCCCAACAAGAAGAUUUCGACGAGAAAGCCAGCGCGAUCAUGCAGCAAGCCAAAUCGCAGGUGGUGAUUCUGACAAAUCAGCUCCUGACCAAUGCUACAGUCAUCACCCACGCUGCGGAAGGCAACGCCAGCAGGUUACUGGCCAACCUUUACAAUGAGAUCAACAAAGGAAUAGCAGACGCCCAAGGCAAAGCAACGCAAAUCGGGAAUUCGUUCCAAGCUAACCUGACUAAACGAGCGGAGGAGGUGAUGACUCAAGCGGCAGCCAUAUACACCUCAGUGGAGGCAUCUCUCCGCAAGUCCACUAACCACGUGGAGGAGACUAUCUCUCGCUUGUUGGCCACCUCUCAGGCCGAGAUGUCCAGAGCUGUGAAAGAGACAAGGACCAAACUGGCAGCCGCAGGAUCAGCAGAAGCUAACCACAAUUCCACUCAGCCACACAGUUUGGCAGUUGACAACAGCACGGUGGCACCUUGAUAGCUAACGUUAACAGUCGUAUUACUGGUGGCUUUUGUGUUUUUAUGUUUGUAGCAAACUUUUGUCUUUACUACAAAGGGUUUUGAGUUUUAAUUGGCAUUAUUUAAAAGAAAGUCUUGU